GUUGCCAGGAGGCCAGACCCGAACACAAUGGGGGCUGCGGGCCGGGCCAGGACGGAGCCGGACACUCCGCGGCGCGGGAGCAGGUAAGCGGCCAGCGCACGCCCGCGCAUCAUGGGCUCGGACGUGUGGGUGGGCCCGUGGCGGCCGCACCGCCCGCGGGGCCCCAUCGCGGCGCUCUACAGCGGCCCCGGGCCCAAGUACAUGCUCCCUCCCAACACCGGCUACGCCCUGCACGACCCGUCUCGGGCCCGCGCCCCCGCCUUCACCUUCGGCUCGCGCCUCCCCACGCUGUCAGCUCCGAGCGGCCCAGGCCCCGGCUACCUGGUGCCGCCGCGCAUGACCGCGCGCGGGCGCGACGGCACCCCCGCCUUCUCCAUCUACGGCCGUCCGCGCGCCACCACGGCCUUCCGCACCCCGGGACCGGGCAGGUACCGUCCGGAGCUGGCCGGGAACGUGGCAUACCCCAGUGCGCCGCGGUACACCCUAGCUCCCCGGAACUGGGGCCUGCGCGUGGAUACGCAUAUCCCAGGCCCAGCGACCUACAAGGUGCCAUCGCUCUUGGGCCCAAACUUGGUCAGUAAAGUCUCGGCCCCGACUUACUCUAUGAACGGCCGCAACCCGGUGGGCAGCUUCCUGGAGGACCUGAGCAAGACCCCAGGGCCCUGCGCUUACCACGUGGUGAACACCGGCGUCUACAAGUCCCGGGCCCCCCAGUUCACCAUGCUGGCGCGAACGUCACUCCCCCAAGACCAGUCUCAGAAGCCCGGGCCAGCGGCCUACAACGUGGACCAGAACCGUAAGCCCGGAGGCUGGAGCUUCGGGAUCCGGCACUCGGACUACAUGGCCCCGCUGCUCAUCGACCCGGAGAAGUGACCCUCCCGCGCGCCCCUCCGCUGAUCACUUAAAACUUGAGAGUAGCCCUGCG